UUCGCCAAGUAUAUAAGUCGGGGUCAAACUGUAUCGCCUGUAUUCUCGCCUCGAUCCUCAACAUGAAGGCUUUGCUCGUGCUCGCUGCUUGCCUCGUCUUGGCCCAGGCUUUGACCGACGAACAGAAGGAGAAACUAAAGAAGCACAAGUCAGAAUGUCUGUCUGAGACCAAAGUGGAGGAACAGUUAGUCAACAAACUCAAGGCCGGCGAUUACAAGGCGGAAAACGACAACCUAAAGAAAUACGCGCUUUGCAUGAUGAUGAAGUCGGAGCUGAUGACAAAAGAAGGGAAAUUCAAGAAAGACGUCGCUUUGUCUAAGGUUCCGAACCCUGCCGACAAGCCAAUGGUGGAGAAGCUGAUCGACACCUGCCUCGCGAACAAAGGCAACACACCCCACCAGACAGCGUGGAAUUACGUGAAAUGCUACCACGAGAAGGACCCCAAGCACGCCAUCUUCUUGUAAAUCUAAUUUGGAUGUAAAAAUUUAAAAUACAGGGUGACUAAUUGAA